GACAUUCCCUCGCGCAUACCGACGCAGUAAAUAAUCACAAGUAUAUCUUAUCACACUGACUCCGUUUAUUUCUAAUGUCGUUCCUGAAUCUGCUUCCUCAUCGUAUUUCGCAACGGCUGACAGCGAUCUAUUUUACCGCCACCAGCUUUACCUUUCAGCGAACCCUAACUACUGCCCAAACGACUACCAUGGCCAGCAUGACGGUGAAAAAGAUUCCGGCGUUGAAGGACAACUUCAUGUAUUUGGUGGUGUGCAACGAAACGCGCAAGGCAGCCGUGGUCGAUCCGGUCGAGCCGGAUCGUGUGCUGGAAGUGGUGAAGCAGGAUGGCGUACAGCUGAACCAGUUGCUUACGACGCACCACCACUGGGACCAUGCCGGUGGUAAUGAGGCGCUGUCCAAGAAGUUUCAGGAAAAUACUGAUUGGGGCAAACUGGUCGUUUACGGUGGAAAGGAUGAUCGUAUCGAUUGCCUGACGAAUCCGGUGGGUCAGGACGAUACGUUCGAGAUUGGCAAGCUGCGUGUGCGGUGCCUGUCUACACCUUGCCACACGUCGUCCCACAUUUGCUACUACAUCGAGACGGACCAAGAUCGAGUGGUGUUCACCGGCGAUACUUUGUUCCUGGCCGGCUGUGGUCGGUUCUUCGAAGGUACGCCCGAACAAAUGUACGACGCGUUGAUCAACAAACUGUCGGCCCUGCCAGACGACACGAAGGUCUAUUGUGGCCACGAGUACGCGGUGCAAAAUCUGCGCUUCGGAAACACGGUCGAACCGGACAAUACGGACACGAAGACGCUGCUGGAGCAGGCGCAAGCCGCUGAUCUGGAAGGCCGUCGCGCUCUGGUACCGUCCACAAUUGGGCAGGAGAAACGGACGAACGUGUUCAUGCGCGUACACGAGGCAACCGUUCAGGCGUUCGUUGGCAAAAAGACGCCGCUCGAGACGAUGCAGGCGUUGCGCGCCGCGAAAGACAAGUUCUAAACGAUGGCAACACGGAUUGUAAAUAACUAAGAAUUGUUUGGAAACAAAAAAUACAUGGUAUAUGGGAGACAAAGGAAAUGUUUGGCC